GGUGCGAGAAACGAGAACCAGUUAUUCCACUAUUUUAACGAGGCCUUUCAUGAUGCCGAAGUACGCCGCUCUUUGGUGUUUCAGCCACCAACAGACCUCCAGGAGGCUAUUGCCCGAGCGGAGCGUUACAUUCGUCUCCAGCAGACUAAGUAAAAGCGCCUUUUCCUCCACCACUAACACAAUAGGGCAGAGCUGCCCCUCCCAUGGAUCAACGCCCCUAUCAUAA